AUGCCUAGCAUGAAACUCAAAAUUGAUUGCCUUCGGAAACCGAUUGGCGGCGGCUCUUCGGCAAGGUCCUGCUCGUCCUCGUCGUCGUCGGACGAAGACCUCAAUGAACGACCACCACCAGCGCAGCGGAGGAAGUUCUCGUGCCAGACUACGCAAGACUUGCCGUCAGCCGACGGUAUCGGAAUUGUCGUCGUUGUGGUAGAGAGUCAGCCGGACCAGUCGGAGCAGCAGGCGCAGCAACGCGAAACAGUCGGAAGGAGUUUCGCGGUGGCAGAACCGGAGCAACAGCAGCAGCAGCAGCAGCAGCAGCAACGGCAACUAGCAGCGACAGGUGAAGUCCAAUACGUACGGGAGGAGGAGCAGCAGCCGGUCGAGGAGCAGCAUCCCCAGCGACGCCUGGCUGUGGCCGAACGGGAGAAGGAGGAACGGGAGGGCGACGAUUGUCGUCCUGCUGCUGCCACCACUACCGCCGCUAGUCGUCGAAGGUCGCGGGUAGUGAUAGUGCCAAGUGGAGGAGGCGGAAGUGGAGGCAGAAGCGAAGGUGGUGGAGGUGAAGAAGGUGGUAUCGGUGACGGAACUGUUGGUGUUGUUAGUGGUGGUGGUAGUGGUAGCGUCGCGCUAGCAGGAUUACCCGCCGCCGUCGAGUCAGCGGAACGAAUUUGCACGAAACGCCGUAGUACGAGGACGGCCACACAGCGGCACAGUACCGUGGUGGCCCCCUUGGCCGUAAGUGAACCCCAUCCAGGGCUGGUGGUACAGCACCAUCUCGGCGACGCGUCCAGUCCGUGCCGUCUUCGAUCGUCGUCAUCCACGUCGUCGAUACAGUCGCUGCGUCAGCAAGCAUCGCAACAAAGACUCGGUGCAGCAUCGGGAAGUCGACGCAAUCGAGCGUAG